UCGGAGAGAGGAGAGACGGACGACAAGACACAGAAAGAGAGAGAGUCCUCCCGGGGCACAGAUGCUCACUAAAUGGGGAGAGCCAACUCGGUAAUGGAAGAUGACGGACUUCCAAUAGCUGAGGCCUGCAGCAUGCCGAGUUUUAUCAGCAGUUUGGAGGAGGGGAGGGCGAAACUGUCCCGCAGCGCGGAAACUUCAGCCCGACGGGUCAUCAGCCGCUCAGACUCACGGUUCUCCCUCGACGGAGGCCGGAGGAGCGAGGGGGAGACGAGGGAUGCGGAGGGAAAUAACAAUAACAACUGCAAUGGGGCCGGGGCGAGGAGGAGGGCGAGCGCUGUGGAGAUUCUGAGGAGGAACUUCGGGGAUUCAAAGGCUUCCUCGCUGCAUGAAGGAAGCAUCAUAAACGCCAUUAAGCACGUACAUGAAGCCGAGGAGAGCGGGGACUGUGGGAAGUCCGAGGGAGAAACGGGUGGUAAAAACGAGCAGAACUCAAGUGAGGUAAAGACUUUAACAGUGGCCGAUCAGUGCCGUCAAACACGUGACAGUGACGGCAGCAGACCCACUCUGAGCGAGUCUUUUAUUGGCAAACAGCACGUCUACUGCACUGUUUACUGCAUCGCCGCCGACAGCCAUCAUCAUCAUCAUCAUCGAGCAGACGCAGGAAUCACGGAUGACGCGCCGGACACCGACGUGGGGCGGCAGGUGUCGGAGCCCAGCCCCGAGCCGGCCCUGUACACGCUGGACGACCUCGUGGACCCGUUCGGGGACAUCUCGCACCGGCUGUACAGGGAGCAGGCCGCCGCGGAGGGCUCGGUGCAGGGCUGCCGGGUGUGCCUGGAGGAGAGUACCAUUGCAGCCCUGCCCUGCUGCGGGAAGGCCGUGUGUGACGAGUGCGUGAAGCUCUACGUCAGCUCACAGGUGAGGGUGGGCAAAGCCCUCAUUAACUGUCCCAUCCCGGAGUGUAGCGGCACCCUGGAGGAGGGAUUGGUGAUUUCCCAUUUGUCCAAUGAAGAGGUAGCUAAGUACCAUUACUUUUUGGAGCUGAGUCAGCUGGACUCGAGCACCAAGCCCUGCCCCCAGUGCAGCAAGUUCACCUCUCUGAAGAAUCCCAACCUAAACCGCUCCGAGCACAAGUACAAGAUCCAGUGUAGCAAUUGCCAGUUUGUGUGGUGCUUUAAAUGCCACGCGCCCUGGCACAAUGGACUCAAAUGUCGGGACUACAGAAAGGGAGACAAGCUGCUACGAACCUGGGCGAGUGUCAUCGAGCACGGACAGAGAAACGCCCAGAAAUGUCCACAGUGUAAGAUCCACAUCCAGCGCACAGAAGGCUGCGAUCACAUGACCUGUACGCAGUGCAACACCAACUUCUGUUACCGCUGUGGGGAGCGGUACCGACACCUCAGAUUUUUUGGGGACCACACGUCCAACCUUAGCGUGUUUGGCUGCAAAUACCGCUAUCUCCCAGAUAAACCUCACCUUAGAAGACUAAUUAGAGGGUCUGUCUGUGCCACCAAGGUGUUGAUAGCUCCUGUGGUCAUUUUGCUGGUCAUAGUGAUCGGAGCCCUCGCACUGGUGAUAGGUUUGGUUGCUUUCCCAGUUUACUAUGUAUGCAAGAGACGGAAGAAGCAGCGCACCAGAGGCUCCGGACGGUGGAUCUGACCUCCAAGCGCACUCGGCUCACACAUCUUCUCAGGGACGGAUCUGCCAGCCUGAGACACGAGAAGACGGACUUCUCCAAAUUGAACGCCAACCGUUAACGGGGAUCUUGCAGAGAGAAGGAAGUACAUCAAACCCAGACUGAGGCCUCGAUCGUUGCACAUCAUCACAUCUGCAUUAUUUAUACUGCAUGGGACAACUCCGGGAAAAAGGAGUGCUAUAUCAGCAUGCUGGAUAUUGAAGCCGGAAAGGAAUCCAACUCCAUGUGUUUAAGUUGAGUUCUGAAUCAACCGCUGUGACGGGCUUUGCUCAUCACAUGGCUGAAAGGGAAUUUAUAAAUUCCUCCCAUUUCACAAGCUUUCGGCUAUGCAGCACUCUCCUACUGACAAAUACGCGCCAUGAACUGUUUUUUUUCCCCCACUGCUUUGUCACGCCUGUAACAACAGGAGAAUAAGUCCAAACACAGCUGAGCAGAACGUGCACUUUUGUUUUCCUCGUCAGAAUGUAUCAGCAGUGGUCAGCAUUCAUUGGAUGCUGCUGCAGGAAGGUUUGAGAGUGCUGGAUAAUUGAAUUUAUGAAGGGUGCCAGGAUCGCUGGCUGCCGGGAGAGCUGGACAAUGAAGGGCCUCGCAGGUGAAUGUCUCACACAUGUGCGAAAAUGUGUUUUCCCUCCUUUUUUUUUUCUUUUUUUUUCCUUUUUGCAAAAGGAGCGGGAAAAAGCGAGCCAUGGAUGCCGCUUUAGGAACAAGCCAUUGUGGGGAAAUGAGUUCUCAAGGAUGUAACGAGAGCUGGACAUUGACUUCAUUCAUCUUUCCCAGGUGGAAACUCGGUUUUCUUGUCAGUUAUGGAAAAUUUCCAUCGCAAUUUGAGUCAUAUGCUGAGAGAGAGGGGAAAAAAAAGCUGAAAGGAAGGUUUAUACUUGACAAGUCAAGUCCACUCCAUAUCUCAAAUUCUAGCUUGAAGGUUCAGAAAAAUGGGUGUGUCCCUUGGUUUUAAAGGCCACACACACACACACACACACACACACACACACACACACACACACACACACAAACCACCGACACCUUUAGAAAAUUAAACAUUGGAAGUGCUAGUUGAAUUUUAACAGCCCCAUCUUUUUAUAUAUUUCUCUAUCGGCUCCUCAUUCCACCCGUCCGUCUUCCUCGCUGUCCCGUUGCUUGUCAUUUCUCCGUUUGGGCCCAGUAAAUGUUGUCUCACACGGCCUCCCCGCAUGGCGUUACUCGUCUGCUGUGUCCACAUUCUCUAGGUUAGCACCUGCAUCAUCGUAAAUAAUGAAAAGACAAAAAGAAAACGCUGAAUGCAGAAGAGAAAGUUGAUCCUCUUCUUCUUCUUGUAGAGUGCACGUCAGAUAGGAUUGGACUCAGACUGCUGUUUUUAAAAGUGCAGAAAGCCAGUAAAAAUAUUAUAAAGACAGGUGAGACCAGUGUUCAGUGCACUUAAUCACGAUUUAUAUUUGGAUCCCAGUUAAAAGAUUGUUUGUUUGCUUCGUUGAAGAGUUGUUACUGAGAGAUCGGUUUUCUUUCGGAGCUUUGAUCGUGCUUUUUAGCGCACAGAUACUUUCCUCUUAAAUCAUUAACACUGGCAAAACCGCACAAAGUCCUGCCAGGAGAUUUUCAAAAGUUUUAAAGGUCUCCACCUGGCAGCAGAAGAGUGACCCGCGAUGUCCUCCUCUCAUCCCACUCUUCUCCCAGCUUUCUUUUUUUUUCCCCCCCUUUCUUUUACUGCAUCUUUAUUUUUCACUUCAUAUCUCAUCCUUCCAAUUAAAUGCCACAAAUGGGUUAAAAUCCACUGAACUUGGGAAAACUCCCCCAAACUGGAUGCAAAAACAACUUUCCAAAUCAGUCUCGAGCAUUUACGUGUUGAUCACACUGCUCCGUGGAGUAAUGUGUUCUGUUUUAUUCUGAAUUAAAGAUUUCCACUUUAUUGGUGACCCUUUGAAAGCUCAAAAGACAGGAAUAAGCACAAAGUAAAUUCAUAGAAGUGAUGAUGCACUGCCACCUGGGAGUGUAGGGAUUGAUACAUUGAUGAGGAAUUGUCCAUUUCAAAUCUACAAAUCUGUAGUGGAUAACCGUUAGAAUCAAAAAAUUGAUUCUGUUACAGUACAUUUCAUCCCUCAAUCGUCACUCAAGGAUCAAUAACGAAAGACAAAAAGCAGGAUGGAGGUCGGGCUGUGCAAAACCAUUAGUGUUGCUUAUUAUCCCAGGGAUCUCAAACAGUUUCCGUGUCUGGAAGUUGAUAAACACCAAGAUACAGGUAUAGUUACGCUGUACAUACGUGUUUGUAAAGGACACUGAAACUAUGUUGUUACACACUGAUUUCAGUCGUUAUCAGAGGUCCCGACUCUGGGUUGAACCCACUCUCAGGGAGUUUGUUUUCUCUUCACUGUACCCAGAGCCCUCCAUCUACAUGAGCUGUGCCAAAGGAAUCACAGAACAACCGUCGCAGACUCAAAAAUGCUUCCUGAUAGCUUUGGCCGCCGCUGCCUAGCAACCGCAUUGAAUUCCAGGAAGCCAGAGCACCGUAGUUACAAAGGAGAUGUUUUAAUGUUGCCAGCGCUGCCUGACUCAGCUGGAUUUGUGAAGGCCGAAUAGAAGUCAGGGAUUACAUCUGGUCCUCUAAAGAGAGGGGUGGGUGGAAUUAUGUAUAAGUCAGCGAUGGGAAAACAGAAUGUCUAAAUUAUGGAGCAAAUGAACCCUUAAACAGCCUGGCUGACAGUAGUUCACAUGUAUCAUAUGCACAGAUGUUUUCUCCAAUUGCUCAGCUAGUACCACACUGACAUGUUUAACUGCUGCUUUUUAUUGACUGUAUGCAGUGGACAUCUGUUCUUAAUAUUGUCCUCAUUUGAGUAAAGUUUUUCAUUUAUAUAACGUAAAGUUACUUUCAUUCACUAUGGGCUUUUGGCAAUAUCAUGAACCAGUGUUUUUCUACUGUCUCUGUUGCAUUUGACCAAAACACUAGCCCUUUAUGUCCACUGCUGCACCACCCAAACUAUUUAAUCAACCAACGUGUUGCCAGAGAUUUGUUUUUUGCUCGGUUUUGCACUUGUAAAUGCAAAUAACUAAGGUUUUGUUACAACAGGGCACUUGUCCUGAUCGGCCUGAUUUAUUUGUUUUCUUUGCUGGGAUGUCCUGGCUCCCCACUGUGUUAUUUGAUAAUAUUACAGUCUCAGUCAUAUUGGCAUGAUUAUGAAAUGGUGCCUUCACAGCAAUUAACGGUCCUAUAACCAUUUUAUUGUUCAGGGAUACUGCAGAGAAUAAAAAUGGACGCAACCAACAACAACAACAAAAAUCUUACACAAACUGGCCUUUAUAUGCAUUACAUCCUAGAAAAUGUAUGAAUACAUCCAAUAACUUAUGUUCUGGGUGUAAGCUACAUCCCUAAAUCGCUUGUUAUUUUGCACAUGUAAAAGUGUCACUUUAUUUUGGCUCACACAGCCUCACUUUUGUAAUAAAAAGUGUGACCCCUGCCUCAGAUGGACAUCUAAAGGCCAACACAGAAUAAUUAUACAAAAUAAUAUAUCAUUUUCAUUACAACACAUGCCUUGUUAUGGAAAUUGUAUAGCAGCACAGGAGGUGUUAUUGGUAACUUCAGGCUGGCUUUUUCCUCUGUAGACAUACAAACUUGUACGAACAACAGUAAUGCGUUUAUAUGUAUACAACACUAUGUUUCAAAGUGUCCCCUUACAAAGAAAUGUCAGAAACUUGAUGGAUGUGCUGCUUCUUUGCACCUGAUAACAUUUUUUUUUCUCCCAACGGCUGCCUCUGUCAGAGAUUCCUGCUGAUAUUACAGUUGCUCACUUAGCCAGGCACAAACACUGUUUUAUCUGGUGAUUAAAAGGAGAAUAAAAUAAACCGAGACACAUACAAUAACGUGAAUGUGUUUUUAUUCAUGUCAGCAAGCAUAUAGCAGACAUCUACACAGCCAGGUGGAAGCGAGCAGGGGUUGAACCCACUUAUCUCUGAUGGAUGUCUCUACAGACCGGCUGUGUGGUAAUACUUUACCUUGUGAUUACAUGUUUUCGUCAGUAGGGGUCGCAAGUUCACCAAAAGAAGUAUAAUCCCAUGACAGUUCUGAAGAUGACUGUACAAAAACAGGUAGCAAAUGAAUAAAUAAAUGGCGCUUUAUUUAAAGUCAUUUGAAUGAAUACUAAUAUAUACAAAUAAGAAAAAACAAGAGUCGGUGACAAAAAGUGGGUAGGUGUUUCUUUUUUAUUUAAUAGAAACUAUUUAGUUGCAUUGCCAUGAAAGUCAAUCAACCGGUGUUUGAAGAUUUUGUAUUUUAUGCUAAAAAUGAACUUAUUUUCUUCAGAUUUUUUUUUAUUCCACUUCUCCGUUUGGUACAUUUCAUAGUGGGUGGGUGUUUCUUUUUCUUCUUAUAUUUAAUAGAAACUAUUUGUUCAAAGUCACUUGAACGAAUACUAAUGUAUACAAAUAAACAAAAACAACAAGAGUCGGUGACAAAA